CCUAUGAUUUCCUGUCCCUGUUAGUUACUCAGUCCUGGACCCAACCCUCUGACCACAUCCUCCUCACCUCAAGCAUAUAUUUCUCUGACAUACACACUACCCACCUGGACUUGGGCUUAGAAGUUCUCUAUCAUGAACCUCUCACUAAAUUCCAUCAGUCCUGUUGUACUCUAAGAACUAAUGUAUUGUACUUUGAUUCCAGCAUUAGAGAACAUAACAUCUGCCUCCUCCCCUCCACAGGUGACCAGGGGCUUCUAAUUGCCAUGUUCUCUGGCAAAUGGUGGCCAGGGACCAGGGACACCCUGGGGGUGGGGACCCAGGGCCCAUCCCGGGGAGCCCAUCUCUACAUCUUAUAUGACUUCUCCUACAUGGGAGCAGACGGCCAGCGAGUGUCUCUGGCUGAAGGUGACCGGUUUCUCCUGCUUCGGAAGACCAACUCAGACUGGUGGUUGGUGAGGCCUCUGGGAGCACCUCGAACCACCAGACCCCUUUUUGUCCCUGCUGCAUAUGUGGCUGAGGAGACUGCACUUAUUCGGAGGGCCUCUGAAUCUUCUACUAGCCAAUUCCCCUGUACCCUUAAACCAAGUCGUUUUCACUCGUCCUUGGGAGAAUUGUCCAUGCCUCAGUCAUUCCAGCAUAAACCCCCAAGCCUGUCCUGGCAGCCUCCUCUUCCAGCAAGAAUACAAAGGAGUCUUAGUGCCACUGGACUGAGUCCUGGCCCACCACAAUCCCCCUCGGGCAGCCUGGCGGGGCAGUCGGGCUCUCAAGAAGACCUGAGAUCUAGGAACGGAGCUAACCCAAAGUCGGGACCCUGGUCCCCCAUGUCCGAGCCCCCUCUGUACUGUAACCUGGUGGACCUGCGCCGCUGCUCCCAGACACCACCCCCAGGCCCCACUCGGCCCCCACUACAACGACUGGAUUGCUGGGAACAGCAUCUGGACUUCGACUCUGGUCGCUGUUUCUACGUUCACUCACUGACUGGACAGGCGUCCUGGAAGCCUCCGCGAAGAGCUCGGGAAAAGACUCCUGACUCCAUGGAAGGGACCCCGCUCCUGGGGAGAGAUGCCCAAGCCCAGGCUGAGGAGAAGAGUGCUGGAGCCCGGGAUCAGGUGUCAGAGACCCAAGAGACGCUCCCCACGCAAAUCUCCAUUUCGGACAACUCCAGAGGCACCCUGUCCCCGAGACCCCAGCCUCAGCUCCUGGAUGAUCCUCACGAGGUGGAGAAAUCCGGCAUGCUCAACAAGACAAAGAUUGCUGAGGGGGGACGCAAGCUCAGGAAGAACUGGGGUUCGUCCUGGGUGGUAUUAGCAGGAAAUAGCUUGGUGUUCUACAAAGUUCCUCCGGCUUCGAUUCCUACUGGAUGGGGUCCAGCUGGCAGUCGACCAGAGAGCAGUGUGGACUUAAGAGGGGCAGCUCUGGCCCAUGGUAAACAUCUGUCCAGCCGCCCCAAUGUCCUGCAUGUGCGUACUGUCCCUGGACAUGAGUUCCUGCUGCAGUCUGAUGAUGAGACAGAGUUCCGAGCCUGGCAUCGGGCACUUCGGGAUGUCAUCAACCGCCUGGAGCGUGAGAACCCUCUGGAACUGCGACUGUCUGGGUCUGGGCCAGCUGAGCUUGGGGAGUUGAGCCAGGGCGAAGAAGAUGAGGAACCAGAGCCGAAGCCUCUGCUAGGAUAUCGAGGAGGAAGCCACAGGAUCUCUUGUCGAGGCCCUGAAGAGCCAAAUCGUGUGAGGAACAAGCUGAAAAGACUGAUAGCAAAGAGACCUCCCUUGCAGAGCCUACAGGAGCGUGGACUGCUCCGAGACCAGGUAUUUGGCUGCCACUUGGAAUCUCUGUGCAAGAGAGAAGGGAGUACUGUGCCAAAUUUUUUCAGGCUCUGCAUAGAUACUGUGGACAAGAGAGGUCUGGAUGUUGAUGGUAUUUACAGAGUCAGUGGUAAUUUGGCUAUAAUCCAGAAACUUCGGUUCCUGGUGGACAGAGAACGAGCAGUCACGUCUGAUGGAAGAUACUUGUUCCCUGAACAGCCAGGACAAGAAGGCCGCCUGGAUCUGGACAGUGCAGAGUGGGAUGACAUCCAUGUCGUGACUGGAGCCUUGAAGCUUUUUCUUCGGGAGCUUCCUCAACCCCUGGUCCCUCCAUCACUGCUGCCACCCCUUCGAGAAGCCCUUGCACUUCCUGAAUCAUCGCAGCGUUUGUCCCGGGUACAGGAGCUCAUAGGCUCAAUGCCAAAGCCCAAUCAAGACACACUUCGGUGCCUCCUGGAACAUCUAUGCAGGGUGAUAGCACAUGCGGACAAGAACCGAAUGACUCCACACAACUUGGGUAUUGUGUUUGGACCAACACUGCUACGACCAGAGCAAGAGACCUCUGACCCAGCUGCCCACGUCUUCUAUCCUGGACAGCUGGUUCAGCUGCUGCUGAAUGACUUCACCAGUCUCUUCCCUAAUCCAUGAAUCCUGGACUCUACCCUAUCCAAGGUUGUUGAACUGAUCUCAAUUCUGAAAAUGAAGGGCAGGAGGGAUAGGACUUCUGCUUGUUAAACAUAACAUUUGAGGAGGACUUCCAUCUGUCAUUUUUGUAAAACCUUCAUUUGUUAGACACACUUUAGGGAGAAUAUCUGUUUCAAUGGGUGAUUUCCAUUUUAAAGAUUUCCCUAUGAAGGGAA